CUCAUACUAGAGGUCCCAGUAUCCCGCUGCUCAGACCCAUGUUUACCUGGAAGCCGGAAAAAGGCGGGAAAAUCAAUCUAUACCUGCUGCUAUGACUGCGUCCCAUGUUCAGAAGAAGAGAUAUCCAAUAUAACCGAUUCAGAAAACUGCAUGAAAUGCCCAAGUGAUGAAUGGCCAAAUGAGAAGAGAGACCGAUGCCUGCCCAAAGUUAUGGAUUUCAUCUCUUACCAGAAUGACACAAUGGCUUCUGUAUUCUCCUGUGUCUCCAUCUUCGGAUGUCUUGUGACUGGCUUCAUAUUUGGAAUAUUUAUCUCCUACCGCGACACUCCUAUUGUUAAAGCUAAUAACCGGAAGCUGAGUUAUCUCCUCCUGGUCUCCCUCCUUCUCAGCUUCCUCUCUGUCUUCUUGUUUCUUGGUCGUCCCAGUGAUGUCUCUUGUAGAUUACGUGAAACCAGUUUUGGAGUCUUCUUCUCAGUCGCCGUCUCUUCACUUCUCGCCAAGACUGUUAUGGUUUGUGUUGCUUUUAAGUCCACCAAACCUGGAAGUCCCUGGAGAAAAUGGCUGAGUGUGAAGCUGCCCUAUACCAUAGUGUUGUUGUGUUCUUCCAUUCAAGUUGUAAUCUGUGUUAUCUGGUUGUCUAUCUCUCCCCCAUUCCAAGACCUGGACACUCAGUCUUAUCCUGGGAAGAUCAUCAUUCAGUGUAAUACAGGCUCAGAUAUCUGGUUCUACUCUGUGUUGGGUUAUCUGGGGUUCCUGGCAGCGGUGAGCUUUGUUCUGGCUUUCAUGGUGAGGACAUUACCGGACACUUUCAAUGAGGCCAAGUACAUCACCUUCAGCAUGCUGCUGUUCUGUAGUGUCUGGAUCGCCAUGAUCCCAGCUUAUCUGAGCACCACAGGGAAAUCCAUGGUGGCUGUGGAGAUCUUUGCAGUGAUUGCGUCCAGUGCUGGAUUUUUAGGGUGUGUGUUUUUCCCAAAAUGUUUUAUCAUUUUAUUGAAAUCUGAAAUGAACAGAAAAACUGACCUGCUGGGGAAAAGGAAGAAAUGAAAAUAUUCACCCCACAUCUAUCUAUGAACAGUAAUUAACAUAGAAACAUUAUAAUAUUUACUUGAAUAUUUCUUAACCAGUUUGUAUAAAUUAGAAACAUAUAUACAUGUAAUAAUAUGAUUCCAUCUCUUUCAAUAAUUGUUGCAUUUAUCAAGACAUUAAUUCAAAAUACUUUCUGUAAAAAUCUCUGUGUAGUUUUAGUAGAUUUACUUCCUUCUAUGUGAAAAUGAAGUUUAUGAAAAACAUUAAAAGUAAC